UUCUGCUUGAUAUAUAUUCGGUAUAAGUUGAAUGCAUAUUGAUUGAUAGAUCUCUUUAGUAAAACACAAUAUUUUCGUUUUGAGUGACAAUUACAAUUUUGAUCUUACCCAAUUCUUCAAAAGUUAUAUUCAAUUUUAAACUAUCGUCAUCUGAAAUAAUAUCUCUACUUAAGAGGUUAUUUUGGCUCGUCAUUAUGAUCUCUUUUUUUCUUACGAUAUUAGUCUCAAUAUACAUUGAAUUACCCAACAGUUUGUUUGUCCAUCGUUCUUUUGCUAUUUUAUUUAAUUCUGAGCUAACUGCGUUAAUAUUCUGAAACAAUUUCCUGUAGUGAUUAUAUUGGUAUUAUCACUAAUGGCUUUAAUUUUGUAGUUACAUUUUUCAUUAAUGUUUUUCUGAACAUUGAUUUGUUCAAUUGCAUUGUGGGCAUUGAUUGUGUUUAUUUCUAAUUUGCCUUCUAUUUCUUGACGGUCUUCGUCGUCCAUGACACCAUAAAUAUAUUUAAGAGCUGUCCCUAUAAUAUUAACUAAUCCUCUUUUCUCAAUUCUAUGAUGCGGGGUGAGUGUAUACUAUAUAUCUGAGUUCUUAAUUUUAGCCAUUACAAGCGGAUUCGGUUCCUUUUCUUUGAGUGCCAUCUCCUCUAAAUUGUCAACUAUUUCUUUGUACAUUGUUAAUAGGAUAUGUAAUUCUGUCGUAUCUUUCAACCAACUUUACUUUUUGUAGGUUCAGAAGGGAAUAUCCAUUCCCGUGAUUGAGAUCCAUGAUUUCGAUUUGAGCUGUGAUGAAUGGAAUCGCCGUAUAAAUUAUGAUGAUGUAUAACAUUGUGAACCUAAAGGAUUUGAAUAUUUAAUAUUAUCUUUAUGAAUUAUUCUGUUUCUGUUUUGUAUUUUAACUGUAUUUCCUAAAUCUUCUAAUACUACUUGUUUUUUGUAUUUGGGGUUUAAUUUAUUUCUUUCCCCAUAUAUUUUUUCAUAUAUAAAACUUCCUGUUUGAUAAUUAUUUUGAAGCCUUUUAUUGUUAUGAUGCUCUAGCAUUUUCUCUUGUGCAUUUUGCAACUCAUUUCCAUAUUUUCGUGAGGUCAUUUAUUAAAUAAUAUGUUGCAAAAUUACUAAUUAAGCUGUGCUCUUGCUUUAAACAUCUUGUUAUGAUGCUCUAGCAUUUUCUCUUGUGCAUUUUGCAACACAUUUUUCAUAUAUUCGUGAGGUCCUUUAUUAAAUAAUAUGUUGCAAGGUUGUUUACCUGUAACAGAAUGCAUUUUUUUUAUUAUAGGCUAUGUUCGUAAAUGCAUCAUGACGCGCAUCAUGACGAUUGCAUAACAAACAGAACGUUCAGAAAUGCCAAUAUUGCAGCACUGCAAUUAUCAAGCGUUCAAAAAGACAACACUUCUAUCAGCUGUCACUCAUAAUUUCUAUAAAAAAAAUUGUUUACUGCAUUUAACUACGAUGUCUGACGAAAAUGAAAAUCUCAGUAAUGCGGAGACACAGUUAUUGCUGAGAGUACGGUAGAAUAUAGAGGACGAGUUUAAAUCGGGUAGAAGGAAAAAAAAUGUAUUGUGGAAGAAAGUUGUGACCGAAGUUAAAAAUGUAAAUGAAAACAAUAAAAAUUAAAAUGAAGUUCAUCAGAAAAAGUAAUAAAAAAAUUAUUCAAAUAAAGGAAGGUGAGGUAAAGUAAAUUUUUUAUGAUGCAAAAAUAGUGGUAAAAUAGUUUCUUCUAUCGAUUCCAUUGAUAUCAUCUGAAUCAACGGGGGCAUCUUGAAUUCCUUCGAUUUCAUUGUUGGUUUCCAUAUCGGCAUGUGUUAUUGCAUCGUUAAUAUGUUCAGAAUAACCUCCCUUAUUUAUGAUAAAAUUGUGUAAGAUAGCACAAGCGAGUAUUACAUUAGAUGUGGUUUUAAUGCUCGAAGCUUCAAUAUAAUUUAAAAUUUUAAACUGUUUCUUAAAAAUCCCGAAAGUUUGUUCUAUAAAUACUUUGUCUUUUAAAAGACAAACAUUUGUACCUACAAAUUUUUUUUUUGACUUGAAUACCCUUUUUCUUAAAUUUAAAGAAAAUCUAUCAUUUCUUUGUUCACAAAUUUCGUCUAGUGUUAGAUUCAGCAAAAUUUCCAUUUUAGUGUUAUACGCGUUCAAAAAUGCAAACAAAUGUAUCUGCAAAUUGUCAAAAAUUGUAUAAGAAUUAUCAAACGUCAAACUUGCAGUGUUGCUACUGUUGCUUAUGCUGCAAGUCAUGAUGCAUUUACGAACAUAGCCAUACUGUUGAACUGCUCUCAUAAUUGAUUCAAAAUUACUAAUUAAGCUGUGCUCUUGCUUUAAACGUCUGGAGAUUUCAAUCAGUGUUGAAUAAACUCUUUCUAUUUGGCCAUUACUUGUACUGUGGCGUGUAAAUUUGUACAUUUAUCUUUUUCAUUAAAGACUUGAACUGUAUCGUACUUAAGCCUGGUUCAUUAUCAAUAACUAUACUUUUAACAUUUGAAAAUGUUUGUAACAGUUCCAAAACUUUUUCUUCUAAAUUUUAUUUGUCUUCUAUAUGUUUUACGAUUAGAAAUUUGGUAUAUGAAUCUAUACAUGUAAGAAAUUUAAGCUUUUGUGCGAAUCUAUAAGGAGUUGUUCUCCCUCUUUUUUUUUUGGUAUUGGUGCUUCCCCUAUUGGGAUUAGUUUAGGAUGUCUUUCAGUUUUAUUACUAUUACAUAUGCUACAAUUUUUUGCAAUUGUUUUAUCAUUAAAUAAUAUUUCUGCUUAAUUUGUGACAAAUUUUUCAUAUAAUUUCUAUGCGCUCUAUUAUGUGUUUGCUCAAUUAUCGUUCCUUGAUCUUCUUUAUGGAUGGAGUCAUGUGUAAAAGUUCUCUGAUCGCCAUUCACUUGGGAGUGGCCAGAAAAGAUUCUUUUUCAUAUGACUCACGACUUCCGGUCAUUGACCAAGUAUCCUCUGGCUAGCCUAAGAACAUCCGUUCGAAGGCGAGCUAAAGUGAGAAGGCGAAAUAUCCCCCACAUAGGGUUGUGCGUUUGGGACCCGCCACGUAAAAAAAAACACCCCAAUGAAAGGAAGCAACAAGCCUCGGAUGAGAGAUCCCCUUUUGAUGACGACCAUGGCAAACGAAAUAAGGACUACGAUUUAAGGGCAUGCACCAUGAAUGUCCGGUCCCUUAAUUGGGAAGGUGCCGCUGCCCAGCAGGUUGAUGUCCUCGCGAAAAUAAAGGCUGACAUCACCGUCGUCCAAAAAAUGCGAUGGACGGGACAAGGAUAGAGACGAGUAGGUCCUUGUGGCAUUUACUACAGUGGCCAUAUAAAGGAGCGCAAGUUUGGUGUUGGAUUCGUGGUGGGAGAGAGACUCCGUCGCCGAGUACUAUCAUUCACUCCGGUGAAUGAACGUCUAGCCACAAUCCGCAUCAAAGCGAUGUUCUUCAACAUAUCGCUGAUCUGCGCCCACGCUCCGACGGAUGAGAAGGACGAUGUGACCAAAGAUGCCUUUAUGAGUGCUUGGAACGCACUUAUGAGAGAUGCCCCCGCCACGAUGUCAAAAUCGUGCUUGGCGACUUUAACGCCAGGGUGGGCAAAGAAGGUAUCUUUGGCACUACGGUCGGUAAAUUCAGCCUCCACGAGGAAACAUCCCCAAAUGGGUUGAGGCUGAUCGACUUCGCCGGGGCCCGAAAUAUGGUUAUCUGUAGUACUAGAUUCCAGCACAAAAAAAUUCAUCAAGCUACCUGGCUGUCUCCGGAUCGAAAAACUACCAACCAGAUCGAUCAUGUUGUGAUAGACGGAAGACACGUCUCCAGUGUUUUAGAUGUGCGUGCGCUCCGAGGUCCUAACAUCGACUCGGACCACUAUCUUGUUGCAGCCAAGAUUCGCACCCGCCUCUGUGCAGCAAAAAACGCACGCCAACAAACACAAGGAAGGUUCGACGUCGAAAAGCUGCAAUCACAACAGACUGCCGAACGAUUUUCUACUCGGCUUGCACUCCUGCUCUCUGAGAGCACUCAUCAACAACUCGGUAUAAGGGAACUGUGGGACGGCAUUUCAAACUCCUUACGUACAGCUGCAUCCGAAACCCUUGGUUUUCGGAAAGUGCAAAAGAACAACUGGUACGACGAGGAGUGCCGCGCCGCAGCGGAGAGAAAACAGGCUGCCUACCUCGCAACGUUACGAUCGACCACUACACGUGCGGGAUGGGAUAGAUACCGAGAGUUGAAGAGGGAAGCGAGACGCAUUUGCAGACAGAAGAAGAAAGAGGCUGAAAUGCGUGAGUACGAAGAGCUUGAUAAGCUGGCCGACAGGGGUAAUGCUCGAAAAUUCUACGAAAAAAUGCGGCGGCUUACGGAAGGUUUCAAGACCGGAGCAUAUUCCUGUAGAACCCCCAAAGGUGAUCUAGUCACUGAUGCCCAGAGCAUACUUAAAUUAUGGAGGGAACACUUCUCCAGCCUGCUGAAUGGCAGUGAACGCACAACGCCAGGAGAAGGCGAACCCGAUUCCCCAAUCGAUGACGAUGGAGCAGACGUUCCAUUACCCGACCAUGAAGAAGUUCGAAUAGCAAUUGCCCGCCUGAAGAACAACAAAGCGGCGGGGGCCGAUGGAUUACCGGCCGAGCUAUUCAAACACGGCGGCGAAGAACUGAUAAGGAGCAUGCAUCAGCUUCUUUGUAAAAUAUGGUCGGACGAAAGCAUGCCCAACGAUUGGAAUUUAAGUGUGCUAUGCCCAAUCCAUAAAAAGGAGACCCCACAAUCUGCGCCAACUACCGUGGGAUUAGCCUCCUCAACAUCGCAUAUAAGGUUCUAUCGAGCGUAUUGUGUGAAAGAUUAAAGCCCACCGUCAACAAACUGAUUGGACCUUAUCAGUGUGGCUUCAGACCUGGAAAAUCAACAACCGACCAGAUAUUCACCAUGCGCCAAAUCUUGGAAAAGACCCGUGAA